AUGGCGGGCGGAAAGGCACGCGCCAGGGCCUCCCGAGCCGAAGCUUCCAAACACGCGAAAGGACCCGAAGUCACCUUCCCGACCGGGGGACCUGGGCUAGCCGAACAUGAUGACGCGUUGGUGAUAUCAGCCAGAAUCGCCAACGCGCAAGUGAGAAGGAUCAUGGUCGACUCCGGAAGCUCGGCCGAUAUACUUUAUUGGGAAGCCUUCCAAAAGCUCGGCCUGGUCAAGGAGAACAUGAAGCCGGUAUGCUCGACGCUCACGGGGUUCAUCGGUGCCUCAAUCUCGUCACUAGGGGUUAUCACCCUGCCCCUAACUUUGGGAGUUUUCCCGAAGACCAAAACAGUGAUGACCUCCUUUCUGGUGGUCGACCUCCCCACGGCAUACAACGCCAUCCUCGGACGGCCAACCCUCAACAAGAUCCGAGCCGUCAUCUCAACUUACUACCAAACCAUCGAAUUCCCGACCCACGAUGGGGUCGGGGAAGUAGCGUGGAACUCCUGGGAGUCUAGGCGCUGCUACUUGACUGUCGGGUCGCUAAACAAGAGGGCGAGGGUCCAAUUCCCAUUGGAAGACCCCCGGGAGGGAAAAAAACUGACUCCCCGCCCCGAGCCGAAGGAAUCCACCGUCGACUUGCCGCUGAUCAAAGGCAGCCCCGACCGAAAAGUCAAAAUCGGGUCGGGACUGCCCGAACAGGAGCAACGGCAACUCGUCGACCUUCUGCAAGCCAACGCCGACAUCUUCGCAUGGACGCCGUCCGACCUAGUAGGAGUCCACCCGGAAGUCGCGCUGCACCACCUGAACAUCUCGUCCGCCGCCCGUCCGAUGAAACAAAGGCCCAGGCGGCAGGCCCCAGAUCGGCAACUAGCCAUCCAAGAAGAGGUAAACCGACUUCUGGCGGCCGAUUUCAUAGAAGAGGACAGGAUGGCACCCGAAGACCAAGAACACACAGCCUUCCUCACCGAACAAGGGGUAUAUUUUUACAAAGUCAUGUCGUUCGGGUUGAAAAAUGCUGGGGCCACCUACCAGAGGACGGUGAACAGGAUGUUCUCCCGCCAGAUUGGACAAAACAUGGAGAUAUAUGUCGAUGACAUGAUCGUGAAGAUCCGAACAGCGGAAGCUCAUUCUUCUGACCUGGCUGAAACAUUCGACACCCUGCGAAGGUUCAGCCUGCGCCUCAACCCCGCCAAGUGCGCCUUUGGUGUAACCUCGGGGAAAUUCCUCGGAUUCAUCAUACAUGAGAGAGGGAUUGACGCCAACCCGGAAAAGGUCCAGGCUAUCAUUGACAUGCAGCCCCCUCGGACGAUCAGAGACCUGCAGCGCCUUAACGGGAGGCUAGUCUCCCUAUCACGUUUCCUUUCCCGAUCGGGAGAUCGCUGCCUCCCCUUCUUCAAGGCCCUAAAGGAUCCAAAGAACUUCCGAUGGACGACGGAAUGUGAGAGGGCCUUCGAGCAGAUGAAGCAACACCUGGCCAGCCUCCCCCGACUCGCUUCAGUCUCCCCGGGGGAGAAAUUGAGUCUCUACCUCGCUGCCUCCCAGCAUGCGGUCAGUUCGGUUCUGGUCAAGGAAAACUCCGGCGACCAACUGCCGGUCUACUACGUCAGCCACAUACUGAGCGGGCUAGAGGGACGCUACCCGCCAAUCGAAAAACUGGCGCUGGCGCUCGUCCUGUCAGCACGAAAGCUCCGCCCUUAUUUCCAGGCCCACCCGAUAGAGGUAAUAACUGACCGGUCGCUUCGGCUUGUUUUGUCUAAAUUCGACGUUGCAGGGCGUCUCCUCAAAUGGGCAGUGGAGCUCAGCGAGCACGACAUACAGUACAUACCUCGGACCGCCAUUAAAGCCCAGUCCGUGGCAGACUUUAUCGCGGAGCUGACCCCGAGCACAAGCGAAGAACUCGAGCCACCGCGCGACACGUGGACUCUCCACGUAGAUGGGUCGGCCAACGUAAAGGGCGCAGGGCUGGUGCUGGUGACACCUGACGGCUGCUCGAUUGAGCGCUCCUUCCGCUUCGGGUUCAGGGCCACCAACAACGAAGCAGAAUACGAAGCUCUCCUAUCGGGGCUCCAAUUGGCACUGGAAAUGCGGGUCACCGACAUACGCGUCAUCACCGACUCACAGCUGGUGGCUAGGCAGCUCGACGGCGGAUACGAAGCCCGGGACCCGACCAUGGCGAAAUAUCUGGCACGGGUAAAAAACCUUGCCACCAAGUUCACCCAUUUUGAAUUGUCGAAUGUUCCCAGGAGCGAGAACCAGCGAGCCGACACUCUGGCAAAACUGGCGUCCGGCUCGGCCCCCUGGGCUCGACCCGAGACCGAAGAGCUCCCUCACCGAGCCAUAGAGAUCGUCGCCACAGUCACGGGCGGCGCGCCGACCACUUGGGUACAGGAGAUGCUACGCUUCAAGCGGGAUGGAACCCUACCCGACAAUGAAACCACGGCUCGACGCUUGCGUCGGACGCAGGCGUGGUACUCUGAAGAAGGAGGACGGCUGUACAAGCGGUCUUUCUCGCGCCCCUUGUUACGCUGCCUAGAGCCGAACGAAGCCCGGAUAGUUCUGUCCGACAUGCAUGAAGGGGCCUGCGGGGAACACAUAGGCGAACGAGCCCUGGCGCACAAGAUACUCCGACAGGGAUACUACUGGCUGACCAUGCGCCAGGACGCGAAAGCUUUCGUUCAGCGAUGCAGCUCAUGCCAGGAGCACGCCCGCACCGCCCGACGGCCGGCGGUCCUGUUCACCCCCGUCGACUGUGCUUGGCCAUUCGCGCAGUGGGGACUGGACAUACUCGGACCUCUCCCGCCCGCCUCCGGGCAGUGGAAGUACAUCAUCGUAGGAGUGGACUACUUUACCAGGUGGGUCGAAGCCGAGCCCCUAGCAACCAUCACGGAGUCACAAGUGCAAAAGUUCGUGUGGAGAAACCUCGUAACUCGGUUUGGCCUGCCCCAGUCCAUCGUCACCGACAAUGGACCUCAGUUCGCCGGUAGGAAGUUCCAAGAGGUGUCCGCUGCCCGAUCGGCCAGGAUCGACGAGCUCCCGAGCGUCCUAUGGGCGCUGCGCACUACCCCUAAGACCCCAACGGGGGAGUCUCCAUACAGCCUCACGUUCGGGACCGAGGUCGUAUUACCAUCCGAAGUAGCUGUCCCGACUCCGCGGACAGCAGGCUACGGCGAAGAGGCCUCGGGUGAAGGGCUCCGAUCCAACCUGGAUUUGCUCGAAGAAAGACGGGCCGACGCAAACCGGAAAGCCCUUUCUUACAAAAGAGUCGUAGCGAGGGUCUACAACCGGAGGGUACGACCCCGAUCGAUAAAGCUAGAGGACCUGGUCCUGCGCAAAAUUGAGGUCAGCCACCCGACCCGAGUAAGGGGGAAACUGGCCCCGAAGUGGGAAGGACCCUAUCGAGUCAUCGGAGUGUCCCGACCAGGGACGUUCCGACUCGCAACAAUGGAUGGCGACCCCGUACCCAGGACUUGGAACAUACAGAACCUUAGGAAAUACUUCAUCUGA